GAACGAUGGGCCUGCAGCUGUACUCAGUUUUAGCUCAUCUACUAUUUAUAUUCGUUAAGUAGAAGACAUCCGACUUUCCUUGAAUCGUACUGGUUGUCCUUGUUUAAUGCACUAAAUAAAUGAAAUGGUAAUUACCUCUUGGCUGACGCUGGAAGAUGACGACGGCAGAGUGAUUUUUUUUAAAUUAUUUUUUUACUGUAUCAUUUUGGGGUGGGUCCCAUCACUAAGCCAAAUUUAAAAAGGUAUCUGAAUUUCACCAAUCCCCGUCACUAGCCUCUUCAUUCCGCGUGGCACCGCGUUUUCUCUCUCUCUCUUCGUCGUCGGCGUUUACCAGUCUCUUUUUUCCGCCUGUCUUCCAUCCUCAUCUCUAGUCACCAGUCAGCCAUCUCCACCGUGUUUUCUCGCCAUUUUUCCCGGGAAAGUUGAAGAGAACAAAGGCAAGAAUGAAAAAAGAAAUCGACUAGCUGUUCAAAGCCUUUACUCACAUCUAUUCACUCUAUUAAACGUUAGAAUUUUCAUGGAUUUUGCUCUCUAUGCAUCACUUACCCCGAUUCUUCACUCAUAGCAAGAAAACGGCCGCCAUGGACUCGAAGAAGAAACCGAGGAAGCCGAAACUCGAGCGCCGUAAUGCGUUGAAGUACGUAGACUAUAACGCGCCGUCGUAUCCUUACUCGCCCGAUAACUCCUCUAGCUCCUCGUCUUCCACCAUGUGGUCGGUCGACUUGCCCGAUCGCACUAGUUUCCGCAUAGAAGGAAACGCCGGCGAGAUCAACCGUAUUUGCUGGAGCCUUGGCCUGUCGGGACCCGAGGAUUUCGCGAUUCCCACGGCUGUCUGGGAGAAUAGCAAGAUUCGCUCCUCCUCAGACAUCCUCCCAAGGUCUAGGUUGCAGCGGCUGGAUGGUCCCAAGGAGGAGGAACAAGAGAUUGAAGAAGCGCUUGUUGGGAACUUGUGUCAUAGGGUUUCAGAUAGUGUUAGAAUUAGAGAUUGGGAAGACACCGAGUUGACUCGUUCCAAGUCAGAUCAGUCCAACAUGGGUUGUUCACGUACUGCUGGUGCUGAUGAAUUCUGUGGAAGGGUGUUGAGUUGUGGUCCGAGCAGUAGUAGGGAUGCUUACGUGGUCACUCGGAAUGAGUCACCUGAGCCGAACGCGUGUUCUGUACCCGCUAUUACUACUGGUGGUGGUGGCAUUAAGGGAAUCAGACCACCAGCGUUAAAGCCGCCGCCGUCGAUGAAGCUACCGGCUAUGGAUAACCAGGGCUCGACUUGGGAUUUGCUGAGAGGCUUUGCACCGGAAAGUGAAAGAGAUUCUUUCCUUAUGUCUAGAGAGUUAAGUUCUUCCUCUUCUUCUGACGAAGUAGAAGAAAAAGAAGAUCUUAGAGUGUUAAAUUCUUUCUUUUCUGAUGAGGAAGUAGGAGAAGAGCAAGAAAGAAUCAGUGGAGAAACCAUGAAGAGGGAAGAGGAACAGAAUAUGCCAAUGAUAGGGGAGAUUGCAACUUUAUCGGAAUCAUGUUCUUUCACCACUUCUAACGAUGACGAUUCAUCCAGUACUACAACGGAGAGAACAAAUAUCUCUCCAAUUGAUAGAUUCAGACGAAUCAUUACGUAUUGGGAGAAGGGGGAGCUUCUGGGAAGGGGCUCAUUCGGUUCUGUGUAUGAAGGAAUUUCCGAUGAUGGAUUCUUUUUUGCUGUGAAAGAAGUUUCACUGCUUGAUCAAGGGAGUCAGGCAGAGGAAAGCAUUUCCCAACUUGAGCGGGAGAUUUUGCUUCUAAGUCAGUUUGAACACGAAAACAUAGUUCGUUAUUAUGGAACAGACAAGGACGAGUCCAACCUGUACAUCUUUCUCGAGUUUGUAACCAAAGGCUCCCUUUUAAACCUCUAUAAGACGUAUAAUCUCAUUGAUUCCCAGGUCUCUGCAUACACAAGACAAAUUCUGCGUGGUUUGAAAUAUCUCCACGAUAGAGAUGUGGUUCACAGGGAUAUUAAAUGUGCAAAUAUACUGGUGGAUGCAAGUGGAUCAGUAAAACUUGCAGAUUUGGAUGGCAAAGGCAACCAAAUUCAACGAUGUCAAGUCUUGCAAGGGUACUGUUUUCUGGAUGGCUCCUGAGGUUGUUAAUGGGAAGAACCAUGGCUAUGGGCUUCCAGCUGAUAUAUGGAGCCUUGGGUGCACUGUAUUGGAGAUGCUAACCCGUCAGAUGCCCUAUUUAGAUCUUGAUUGGGUUCAAGCCUUCUUUAGGAUUGGGAAGGGUGAGCCACCACAUGUUCCACAUUCUCUCUCAAGAGAUGCACGGGAUUUUAUCCUGAAAUGCCUGCAAGUUAACCCAGCUUGCCGUCCAACUGCUUCUCAGCUGCUAGACCAUCCAUUUGUGAAGAGACCACUACCGACUUCAUCAGGCUCUGCAUCUCCUUAUAUUGGACAACGGAAUUGAAGUUUAUUUCUCAGUUUCAACUUCAAAGAUCACAAGAUCUCGUGUGGCUCUUGAAAACAGUCAAAUCAGUAGAUGGGGGCAUAUUUGUGUAUUCUUAAGAUGGGUAGAUUGUUGUAGCAACAAGGGAAUAAAUAUGCUUCUGGAGAUGCUGUUGUGCUUGGAACAACUUUUUGGGCUCUUAAAUACCCGGAAUAGUUCCGGUGUUGACCUAGAACACCAGAACUAUCAUGCAGAUCAGUUCCACUAUUUUAAAAUUAGUUUGUUAUGUCAUUGACUUUUGGAAGUGUAAUUUCUAUAGAUCAGGUAAUUUUUGUUGUAUAUUAGUCUUUUUUUUUACAUUUUUCUGGCCCGGGAAUUUUUAAGGAUUGUAAGAUUGUUAGGGCAAGAUGUGGGACAAAUAGUUGUAAGAAUGGAAGAGAGGCGAUUUUUUAUCCUUGUAUUUAUAUCUAUAUGAUUAUAUCGAUAUAUCAAUCUUCAUUAAAACAAGAUAGUUAAUUUGUUAA